AUGUGGAGACUACACACUUGCGACAACGACAACCGACGACCUCGUGAAGCCGACAAGAUGGGUGCCCUCAAGUACGUCGAAGAGAUCCAGAAGAAGAAGCAGUCCGAUGUCAUUCGGUUCCUGCUCCGCGUUCGCUGCUGGGAGCUCCGCCAGCUGAACGCCAUCCACCGUGCUUCGCGCCCCUCUCGUCCCGACAAGGCUCGCCGUCUCGGUUACAAGGCCAAGCAGGGUUACGUCGUCUACCGCAUCCGUGUCCGCCGCGGUGGCCGUAAGCGCCCUGCCCCCAAGGGUGCCACCUACGGCAAGCCCACCAACCAGGGUAUCAACCAGCUCAAGUACCAGCGUGCUCUCCGUGCUACUGCUGAGGAGCGUGUUGGCCGCCGCUGCGCCAACCUGCGUGUCCUGAACUCCUACUGGAUCAACCAGGACUCCACCUACAAGUACUUCGAGGUCAUCUGCGUUGACCCCCAGCACAAGGCUAUCCGCCGUGAUGCCCGCAUCAACUGGAUCUGCAACCCCGUCCACAAGCACCGCGAGGCCCGUGGUCUCACCGCUACCGGCAAGAAGUCUCGUGGUAUCAACAAGGGCCACCGCUACAACAACACCAAGGCUGGUCGCCGCCACACCUGGAAGCUCCACAACACCCAGAGCUACUGGCGUUACCGUUAA